UCCACCAUAUUUUUGUAGGUCGUGAAGGCUGCUUGACAAGAAUCGGCAAAUGAAAUCCUUAAAUGUUUAGGUUUGACCUGUCAGUUAGUGGUUGGGGCUAGGCUAGCCGUCGUACCAAACGAAGCUAUCAUAGCUUUACAUUGUUAGCUCGAGAUUUGGUUAGUUGGGUAUGCCCGGAUUGUGUUGGCUUUUUUGGCAUUCUACCUGAUGCGGUGUUGUCCAGUGCCUGCAGUAUUCUGCUACCUCCUUAGUGCCCUCCUGGAUGCCUUUGAUGGGCAUGCCGCCAGGGCCCUCAACCAAGGUACAAAAUUUGGGGCUAUGCUGGAUAUGCUUACAGACCGAUGUGCUACAAUGUGUUUGCUUGUCAAUCUGGCUGUGCUCUACCCCUCUUACAUCUUCCUAUUCCAGCUGAGUAUGAGCUUGGACAUUGCCAGUCACUGGCUGCACCUGCACAGCUCAACAAUGAAGGGAUCCACUAGCCAUAAGGCUAUUGAUCUAUCCGGCAACCCCAUACUCCGUCUGUACUACACUUCCCGGCCGGUGCUGUUUGUCAUGUGCAUGGGGAAUGAGCUCUUCUUCUGCCUGCUCUACGUUCUCUACUAUAUUGAGGAUCCCGCUGUGUGGCUGCAGUGGCUAAUUGGAGUUUGCGCCAUGGUGUGCAUGCUCAAAUCCGGUAUUAGCCUUCUACAUCUGGUCACUGCCUCCAGGAACAUGGCCGCCAUUGAUGUGGCUGAACGUGAGAGAGAGACAACCAAGACGGAAUGAGUGGGGGAGUUGGGGGGGGGGGGGGAGAGUACAAGUUCUCACUAACAAAUCAAAUAAAUAUAUAUUUGUACCAUCUUUUGUCAAAAAGUCUAGACACCUUUGGCUGAACAGCCAUCAAACGUUUGCCAUGUCAGCUGUAAUGACUAGAUGAUGUCACAAAGUGUUAUCUUGCAUGUAGGUAAGUAUAAUGGUUUGUACAAUACGUUUCUGACAGGCCGAAGAGUCAGAGUAAUCAGGGGACCCUUUAAUGCAUAUUUAUUUAUGGAAGAAAAAUGUUGAUCCCCUCCCCUACUACAGAAGCUACUGUAGUGUAAUUUAUGUGACAUAAGGGAUGAAUGUGGCCACUCAAAUGUACUUGAAACUCCUUUUGGUUAUCAGACAUGAUUAGUUUUUUGGGGCUUGCCUUCUGGACAUUCUAAAUGAUCGUUUAAUAAGACCCAAAUGCAUCCCUUUUUAAAUGCAGUAUUGUAGCAAUGUUCUAACCCAAAGGUGGGUGUGUUGCUGUUCAUUAGUUAUUGACUAAAUUCUGAUAAUUAAUUUCAAUAGUUAUGCUAUACUGCUACUGUCAAGUUGGCUGUAAAUGUAUUUCAAAGUCUGAGCCACUAUUAUUGCUGUUCAUUGACAUGUUAUUAUUGGAAUUCCUAUGAUUAUCAGUAAAUGUUUCCCUAGAGGAGUGUGAUUAAUAAUUUAUCCAAUUUUCAUUUUGAUAUUACAGCUCUGCAUAUUUCCUUUUAGUUUUUCUUUGUUCUGUGCUUGGUGUGAUUUAUUUAAGCCACAAAUGCACUCAAAACAUUAGGUAGUUCAUUUGAUGAAUGAUGAAUGGCUGCAUGUAAAAAAAUAUUUGACUUGUUAUAAAGCUGGUAAAUUAGUUGUCAAAUGACCAACAGCUAACACUGGUUCUACAUGAAGAUAAACUCCUCAAAAAAUGUUUGGAACCGUUAUUUCGGUUGACUAUUCCUCCCCUUCAAUAAUACCAAUUGGUAUUGUGUUUUAUAUCGUUGGAAAGUCUGAUUAGUCACCUUUACAAUGAGCUACAACUUCCUUUAUUACUGUGGGAGAGUGCAAUUAUUCAAUCCACCAAGCAACUCAAACUCAACUCAAAAUUUUUGGGGGGGCCGCUACCCACACGGUUAGCUGUGUUGCUCAUUCCACGAAUGCACGAUCCUUACAAGUUGUACCUCGUUGUAAAGGUGACUAAUCAGGCUUUCCAACUAUAUAAAAUACAAUACCAAUUGGUAUUAUUAAAAGGGAGGAGUAAUCGACCAAAAUAACGUUUCCAAACCUUUUUUGAGGAGUUUAUAUAGUGAAUAAUGGGAGGUACAGACUACAGAUAUGUUAACAGAUAAUCACACACAUUCAAAUGCAUUGGGCACAUUCCAUAUAUCAAGUGAGGCCAACUGUGUUGAAUAUUUUAUUUAUUUUGUAAUAUGCUGUAGUUGUUGUAAAAGUGUUAAUAUCACUGUAAACGUAUGUGCUCAGUAUACCUUUGCAGAUAACUAUGUAACCAUGUAUUACAACCUUGUUGAAAUGUGGUUAUGUAACUUAUCCUUUAGAUAGGCUAUAGAUAGAUGUAUAAAGCUGAGAGCACAAAUUAAGCCAUGUUUGAUUGAAUAAUAUAUCCAUAUAUUAAACUUGUAUUUAAAUAAA